AUGCCUCCAAAGCGCAGUGCGCGCAGUGCGAAAGCACCUCCGAAACCGCGGGCCGUAGGGCCGAAGACCAGGGCGGCCAAGGCCAAGGACGAGUCGUCCGCGCUGAUGGAGGCCACGAAGGCGGCCGAGGCGGUGGUGCGCUCUCGUAGCAGCACGCCGGAGAGUGGCCGUCAGGCCGGGGCUCGGAGCAAGUCUCCUGACGCCGCGCAAGGCAAGGAGGAGAGUCCUCGGGGCCAUAAAAGCCCGGCUCGCGGCUGGGAAGCCGUCGUCUUUGACUGCACGAUGGUCCAGUACUCCGGUGAGAGUUCACCCGACGACGAGAACGUCUCAGAGGGCAGCACGCACGCUGCCGAAGGCACGGAGCUGGCGGCAGGCGACAUGACCAACGCCUCGGCCGACGCAAAGGCCUCGUCAGAGAAGGAGGCGGAGGACGCCGAGUCUGGCUCAGGCGACAGCAAGCAGUCGCACGACGAAGUCGCCAUGGCCGACGCUGGGGUCGUGGCCGAGAAGUCGCCGAGCGACGCGGGCUCCAAGCCCAAGGCGGUGCUGGCAUCCAAGCAUCUGACGCUGGCACAAGGUCGUGAGCGUGUCCUAGCGUCGAAAGCGGCUGCCGCUGCGAAGGCCGCCGAGGCCAAGGCGAAGAAGCGUUCAGCUUCCAGGUCGCCUCGCGGCUCCAGCUCCAAGCCGUUCAUCGACUCGGAGUCUGAGGACGAGGAGGGUGCCGUCCACGAGCCCAAGGAGCUCUCCAACAACCUCGACGAGCAGCAGCAGCAAUACCACGCUGCUAGCUCGGGCGCGUAUGCCAGGCAGCUGACUGCAGCGACUGCCAUCGAGUCUUCUUCAGGCGGGGAUGCCACGUAUCCACAGGGCUACUUCCCGCCCGAGCCUGGCACUGGCGCGCCAGCGCUGUUGGAGAAGCUCUCGGCUCCUCGUGGCCUUAUCGGCGGUCGCCCGCUCACACUGAAGGAGUUCACCACGCUUCGCAAGAAGCCGGAGGACAACGGUGGACUCCAUCCUGUGUGGGGUUUCCACUGGGUCAAGCCGAAUGACAACAUGACCUGGAGCGAGGUGGAAGACCUCUUCUGGCGCUCCGUCCAGCGCAAAGGGUAUUCCGACCAAGAGUUCAAAGAACUCCGUGAGGAUCGCACUCUGUCCGCAAUCCUGGACGUGCGCGAGCUCCGCAUCGAGUUCGGUCAACUCGUGAGCAAGCGCAAGCUCCACUCGAAAAUGGACGAGCUUGGAUCUGCCCAUUACGAUCAAGGAGGGCCGGCGGUAGCCUCGCACGGCCAUGGCUCCGAGCCUGAGGCGACGCAGCCGUAUGCUGGGGCCCCGAGUCAGGUGGUGGCCCUGCAGCAAGAGGAGAUUCGUCUUCUCCGGGACCGUGUGUACGUCCUCGAGAUCGCGCUUGGCGUCGGCCUUGGUGGCGAGGCUGCCGCUCGUGCUGGUCAGUUUGGUGCCGUGGAGCGGCUCCGUGAGGAUGUUGCCUCGCUCUAUCAAGAAACUCGCAGUCUCCAUGGCCGUGGGGAUCGUCGAGCCGACCUGUCGUCUUAUGACUCGCUGCGAAACCAGCUCGCUGGCCUUCGGGCCGAGCUUCAUGGCCACGCGCCGUAUCCGGAGCAGCAGCUGCCCCACUCGUAUCAGGCCCAGUUUGGCCAGGGCUCGUAUGGGGCCCCUGCGUAUGCUGCUCCGAUGUACGCCGCGCCGUCUUACGACCAGCGCGCGUAUCAGGCGCCUUACCGCGACUCGACGCCGCGCUUCGAGGAGCUGCGCUCUUCUCCACCGGGCCACCCACCGCUUCCUGCGGGGCAGCCAGAGCCAGAGGGUCAUGGUACCUCUUAA